AUGCAGACUGCUGCUACAAACAUUUGUGAAAGAAUGUGCAAUAAGCCCAUCUGGGAAAUUUCCUUGCUACUAAAUAUUCCACAGUUAACUGUUAGUAGUAUUAUAACAACAUGGAAGCAACUGGGAACAACAGCCACGAAGUGGUAAGCCAUGUAAAAUGACAGAGCUGGGUCAGUGCAUGCUGAAGCGCACAGUGCACAGAAAUAGCCAACUGUCUGAGGAGUCAAUAGCUAAAGACCUUUAAACCUCAUGUGGCCUUCAGAUUAGCACAACAACAGUGUAUAGAGAGCUUCAUGGAAUGAGUUUCGAUAACGGAGCAGCUGCAUCCAAG